AAUAAUUACUUUUUUUUCCAAGGUCCCAGGUGCCACCACCCGACGACACACAAUUGUAAUACUUCAGUGUACCCGAUUUUGGACUGGGAAUUAUCCGGAUGGUUUUACCACUCGAUGUUCAAAUCUUGCCGACCUCUGUACUCUUCGAAGGGAGUAAACGUUUGUCCUGAAAACAAAGACCUACCAAAGACUAGAGAAAUGUGCGAAGACUUAUGCGGUGAAUCGUGCGUCAUGAGUAACGGUUCGACAGGUAUUUGCAUGUUUAACCAAAUGUGCAAGAUCAUAAACAACAAGCCUUCCGCCCACCCGAGACCGUGUGGCAGUUACAAUGUAAAUUGCUGUCCUAAGGUUUCUGACAGCGACUUGAUACCAUACAGGGAUCCUUCAGGAAACAACAACGGGAAUGGCGAUAUUGGAAACCGCAUAAACGCUGCUGACCAACCGUCCUCCCAAACCGAUACAAUUUACAUCUAUCGUCUUCCGAACGCUCCACUCAUGGAAGGAAAACUCAACAAGUAAAACUCGCACUCGUACCAGU